GGCCAGGUGGACCUCGGGGCUGCGCUGCGGCUGGGACUGGGCGGCCACGGACCGGGUGGCCCUGGUGGCGCUGUGCUCCGGGCGCUCGCGGAGACAGGCUGAAAUGCGGCUGCUCCUGCUCCUGCCUCUGCUCUUGGCCUCCAAACCCGGGUCCUCGGUUCCCAAUGUGAGGCAGCAGAGUGACCGUUGGGGGCCCUGGGGCGAGUGGAGCCCCUGCAGUCGCACCUGCGGAGGAGGCAUCAGCUUCCGGGAGCGCCCCUGCUACUCCCACAGGAGAGAUGGUGGAGCCAGCUGCGUGGGCCCCUCCCGGAGCCACCGAACCUGCCGCACCGAGAGCUGUCCCGAGGGCGCGCGGGACUUCCGGGCCGAGCAGUGCGCGGAGUUGGAUGGCACCGAGUUCCAGGGCCGGCGAUACCGGUGGCUGCCCUACUAUGGCGCCCCAAACAAGUGCGAACUGAACUGCAUUCCCAAGGGGGAGAACUUCUACUACAGACACAGGGAGGCUGUGGUGGACGGGACGCCCUGUGAGCCUGGCAAGCGGGAUGUCUGUGUGGAUGGCAACUGCCGGAUUGUUGGCUGUGACCACAAGCUCGACUCGCCCAAGCAGGAGGACAAGUGUCUGCAGUGUGGGGGUGACGGCACGACCUGCUACCCUGUCACUGGCACCUUUGAUGCCAAUGACCUCAAUAGAGGCUACAACCAGAUCUUCAUAGUUCCCGCAGGGGCUACCAGCAUCCGAAUCGAGGAAGUCGCUGCCAGCAGGAAUUUCCUGGCCGUGAAAAAUGUCCGUGGUGAGUACUACCUCAAUGGGCACUGGACCAUCCAGGAGGCCCAGGCUCUGCCAGUGGCUAACACCAUCCUGCAAUACGAGCUGGGAGCUGAAGGGGACCUGGCCCCUGAGCGGCUCCAGGCCCGGGGCCCUACCUCAGAGCCCCUGGUCAUAGAGCUCAUCAGCCAGGAGCCCAACCCUGGGGUGUUUUAUGAGUACUACCUGCCCCUGAGUCUCAGCGGCCGCAGCCCUGGCUUCAGCUGGAGUCAUGGCUCCUGGAGUGACUGCAGCGCCCAGUGCGGUGGAGGUCACCAGUCCCGCCUGGUGUUCUGCACCAUUGACAAUGAGGCCUACCCUGACCACAUGUGCCAGCGCCAACCUCGGCCAGCUGAUCGCCGCCCCUGCAACCUUCACCCGUGCCCACAGACCAAGCGCUGGAAGGCUGGGCCAUGGACUCCCUGCUCGGCCUCCUGUGGGGGUGGAUCCCAGUCCCGCUCUGUCUACUGCAUCUCUUCUGAUGGGGCUGGCGGCCAGGAGGCUGCAGAAGAGACCGAGUGUGCUGGCCUACCCAGGAAACCCCCUACUACCCAGGCUUGCAACCUGCAGCGCUGUGCUACCUGGAGGGCAGAACCCUGGGGAGAGUGUUCUGUCACCUGCGGUGCCGGCAUCCGAAGGCGGAGUGUCACUUGCCGGGGUGACCAGGGAUCUUUGCUUCGUGCCACGGCGUGCUCCUUGAAGGACCAGCCACCCCUUACUGAGCCCUGUGUGCGUGAGGCCUGUGCCCUCCUCCGUGACCAGGCCUGGCAUGUUGGCACCUGGGGUCUAUGCUCCAAGAGCUGCAACUCAGGCACUCGGAGGCGACAGGUCGUCUGUGCCAUUGGGCCGCCCAGUCAUUGUGGGAGCCUGCAGCAGCCGAAGCCCAUGGAGGUGGAACCCUGUAACAGGCAGCCCUGCCAUCUUCCCCAGGAGGUCCCCAGUGUGCAGGACUCACAUGCCCAUCCCAGGGACCCCCAGAUGCCUUUGGGCCCUCGGGUAGCCCCUACCUCAGAUCCUAGACACCAGCAGUGGGCUGCUCAGGAGCGACCCUGGGUCCAGAGUAAAUCCAGGGGAAAACAGGGUCCCCACUUGUCAGCUCCAGGCCCGGCUCCCUCUCUGCAGCAAUCCCCACACUGGCAGCCCCCAAGGUCCGGCUCAGGGUCCCGAGACUGCAGAUACAGCCCCUACGGAUGCUGCCCCGAUGGCCACACGCUGUCUCUCGGGCCACAGUGGCAAGGUUGUCCUGGGGCUGGGGCCUCAUGUCAGCAGAGCAGGUAUGGAUGCUGUCCUGACGGGGUAUCUGUGGCUGAGGGACCUCAGCAGGCUGGCUGUGCCAGGUCUUAUGGUGGUGACAACCCUGGGAGCAGGCCAGGGUCCAGGGCAGUGGUUUCCACGGCCCCCAAGGCCCACCAGCACCAGGCCCAGGAGAGUGAGCCCAGUGAGUGCCGGGGCUCCCGGUUUGGCUGUUGCUAUGACAACAUCGCCUCUGCAGCUGGCCCUCUUGGAGAAGGUUGUCUGGGUCAGCCUAGCUAUCCCUACCCUGUGCGAUGCCUGCUGCCCAGCGCCCAUGGGUCCUGUGCAGACUGGGCCGCCCGCUGGUACUUCGUCGCCUCCGUGGGCCGGUGCAACCGUUUCUGGUUUGGUGGUUGCUAUGGCAAUGCCAAUAAUUUCGCCUCGGAGCAGGAGUGCAUGAGCAGCUGCCAGGCCCAGCACGGGCCCCACCAUCCGACUGGGGCCUCUGGCCGGAGAGCGCACACAAAUGGUGACAGCAGCCGUCUUGGAGGCCAACAGGAGCCUGGGCACAGGACAGGGGCCACAGCCCCGAGACAGCCCUCGCCUUCUGGUGGUCCCUGGCGGGGAGAAAAAAAGCCUGGCCCAGGAGAGGCGCCCCACACUCGGACGUUUGCAGAACGGCCUGGGGGCCAGGAGCUUGGGUCCAGAGCCCCCGGACAGGGCGGAGAUGCUGGACGGCCAGUGCCACCCUCCUACAGCCCCUCCUACAGGAACAGCUUGGCAGACUUGGAGCCCUCCCUGGUGCAGGCAACUCUGGGGCAGUUGGUGCAGCUUUUCUGCCCUGGUGACACCUCCCCGGAACCCCAGGCUAGGUGGCAGAAAGAUGGCCGACCCAUCUCCUCUGACAGGCACCAGCUGCAGUCUGAUGGCUCCCUGGUCAUCGGCCCCCUGAGGGCAGAGGACGCUGGCACCUACAGCUGUGGCAGCCGCAGGCCAGGCCAUGACCCCCAGAAAAUCCAGCUUCGGAUCAGGGGGGAUGACAUGGCGGUGCUGUCUGAGACCGAGCUGAGGUACUUCCCUCACACCAGGGACCCUUCCCAGGGUCACCGUCCUCCAGACUCCAGUCUAGGGGCAGAUGCUGGGGGCCGGAGGAUCAUCUCCUCCUCACAGCCACGGCCUGCAACCCGGCUGCGUCUGGACCGGACCCAGCCCAGGGUGGUGGACACCAGUCCAGGCCAGCAGAUCCUGUUGACCUGCCGUGCUGAAGGCUUCCCGCCCCCAGCCAUUGAAUGGCAGAGAGAUGGGCAGUCCAUCUCGUCCCCCAGACACCAGGUGCAGCCUGAUGGCUCUCUGCUCAUCAGCCAAGUAACUGUGGAAGAUGGAGGCUUCUACGCCUGUGUUGCUUUCAAUGGUCAGGACCGAGACCAGCUUUGGGUUCAGCUCAGAGUUCUGGGGGAGCUGACAAUCACAGGCAUGCCCCCUACUGUGACAGUGCCAGAGGGUGACACAGCCAGGCUGCUGUGUGUGGUGGCAGGAGAAGGCGUGAACAUCCGAUGGUCCAGGAAUGGGCUGCCAGUGCAGGCUGAUGGUCACCGUGUACACCAGUCCCCAGAUGGCACGCUGCUGAUCCAUAACUUGCGGGCCAGGGAUGAGGGUGCUUACACGUGCAGCGCCUACCGUGGAAGCCAGGCAGUCAGCCGCAGCACCAAGGUCAAGGUGGCCCCGCCAGCACCAGCCGCCCAGCCCAGGGACCUGGGCAGGGAGUGCAUCGACCAGCCGGAGCUGGCCAACUGUGACUUGAUCCUGCAGGCCCAGCUCUGUGGCAAUGAGUAUUAUUCCAGCUUCUGCUGUGCCAGCUGUUCCCGCUUCCAGCCACAUGCUCAGCCUGUCUGGCAGCAGGGAUGAAGGCUAGCUUGGGCCCCAGCCCUGAAUAGUUCUCUGAGAAGGGAAAGGAAACUUGGCCUCCUCUCUCUGGCCCUUUCAAAAACUCACCCAGUGCCAGCUUCUCCCUGUGGUCCUCAGCAGGGACCACAGGCUGCUGCUGAGCUGUCAAGAAGAGGAAUCUAAGGACAAGCUUUCCUUUAUCAUUUCUGUUUCUGCUGUAGGUUGAGGAUCCCUUAUUUGAAAUGCUCUGGAUUAGAAAUGUUUCUGAUUUUGGAAUAUUUUGUAUACUUUACCAUUUGAGCAUCCAUAAUCCAAAAAUCUGAAAUGUUCUGAAAUCUGAAGUACUUGAGUGCUCUGUCAACAUUCAAAAAUGUCUGGGUUUUGGAGCAUUUUGGAUUUUAGGCUAGAGAUGUUCGACCUAUACAAAGGAUCUGUUCAGUGCAUUUUUAAAGCAAACAUUCAGGGUUCUCUUUAAAACAGUUUUAAAGUACUCUGUGUGUGUGUGUGUGUGUGUAAUGAUUUCAAAAUUAUUGCCCACUUCCUUAGGGGAAUGCCACCUUCUGCUGUGUUGGGAACUUUUGCUAGAACCAAACGUCACAUGGGGUCACAUGGUGGUCCACCACUCUAGUUACUCAUCUUUCUAGGUAGUGCCACAGUCAGCUUCAAAUCCUGUCAGUGCAUGGAGCUGACAGUAUAAUGCUUGUGAAAGCUGUCAGCAAGUAGAAUGAAAUGUAAGGCCUCAGUAUCGAGAUCAGGAAUGAAAAAGCCAUUUAGCAUUGUUAUCUGAGCAUGAAAGAACUGGAAACACUCCUUACUUCAUUGGGAAGCUCAAGCCCUCUAAGGCUGACAUGCAAAGCUGGGUGUGAAAGGUUAUGUGUCUCCUUUGUAAAGCUGACUGGCCUGCUCUGUGCAAUGACAAGGAGCUUCUCUCUUCCUAGGCAGGAAUCUGUGAAGCAGAAUAUUUGCUGUCAAAGAAAAACCAGAGUAUUGUUAAAAACAGCAUUAGCAGAGCUGGUGGAGUGGCUCAAGUGGUAAAGCGCCUGCCUAGCAAACGUGGGGCCCUAGUUCAAACUCCAGUACCAUCAGAACAAUAAAAAACCCAGCAUUAGUAAGAGGAGCCAUGGUGGUGGGGGGGAGACACAGUAAUAGGGAAGUAGCUUCAGAAAUAGUUGGAGUUGGAAGAAGUCAUCCUUUUCCUUUUAAAACCUCUCGUUCAUCAAUACUGAAACAAGCCUGGAGUCAAUGAGCUGCCAGGUCACUUUCCAGUUUGCCUUCCUACUUUGCUAGACACAGGAAAGACAGGUAACACAGGGACCAAAGCUCCGAAAGGUGACUCUGACUACCCACACACUGGCUGGAAACAGAUCAACUGUGUCAUGGGCAACUGAUGCUUCUCAGUCUACCUCUCAUUCAACAAGGGAAACAGAGGCAGAGGUCUUUUUCAUUCCCCUUAAAAAUACUGAGAAACAUUCUUUUCAUUUAUCACAGCAGGUUUUGCUGUAGAAAUAGGAGAGUAAGGGCCACUUUCUUGGAUUCUCCCAUUUAAUGAAACCAGAAUUUGGCCUGUUGAUACACAUACUUCAAAGUUAUGUCUGAUAUUAGCUUGCUCUCAGCAGCUAGUCUCUUAAAACUACUCAGAAUAGAGUUAAACCCACUCCAGACCAGUGAUUCUCAUUCCUAUUUCCAUAUUGGGAACUUAAAAAAAGUAAAAACCAAAACAACCUGUGGUUACUCCCCCCACCCCCAAAUUUAAUUGAUCUUGUGUAUAGUCUGGGCAUUAGGGUGGUUUUUGUUUUUUUGUUGCUAGUGGACAUUGUGUGUGCUGCACACACACUCUUACCACUGAGCUACAGUCCCAGCCUUGGGUUUUAGCUUAUUACUAUUUUUUUUUGGAGGUACAGGGGUUUGAACUCAGGGCUUCAUGCUUGCCAGGUAAGCAUUCUGCCAGCCCCAGUCCUGGGUUUUAGGAUUUUAAAAGCUCUCCAGGUGAUGCACAGCCAAUGUUGAGAAGCACUGCUCCAGCACGAGGUGGGACUGAGAUUCUGUCUUUCUAAUCAGAUCAACCAGUACUUAAAAUAUGAAUUUAAGGAUAUACUAGUCCUGCCAGGUGCUGGUGGCUCACACUA